UUCAGUAGGCCGAGUGGCUUUCUCUGGUGCUGUUCUUACUUUAUGAUGUUUGCUGUAAAUGAUAGAAGUGUGAUGGAGUGAAUUCAAAAUGACAUGAGAAGUGAUCUAAAAUGCCAAUUCGCCAGCAUAAAUUUCUGAAGUUGCAGUAGUGACUUUAUUUCAACAUAAUGUUACUCAUUGUAAAAUGCUUUGGGACAUUGUGUGGCUGUGAGCGUUGUGGUAGGAUUGUUUUAUUUUAUUAGCAUCUCUUGUCUUUGGAUCAAAUGUAACACUACAUUCGAAUCUUCUGGUUUUUGUAUUUCAAGUUAAGAUUUAUAGCAUUUCUUUCUGUGUUUUACCUGUAUUUAAACUACUCAGGUUAGGAUCAGUAGAAUGCUAUUUAAUACUUCACACCUGCUCAGUUUAAAUAAAUCAUGACUCUUUUGCAUUUACUCACCUUUGUUCCAUCAUCCUUCAGCACCCUUACCCAACAGAUAUUUCAGCCCCAACAAGGGACGAGGAUCAAGGGAAGAGGAAUAUUUGAUCUACUCACUAAUCUACUGAAGUCAAGAGUCAGUCAAUUCCCUCUCUCAACUCUGCUCUCCAUCUCCAUUUCUUCCUUAAAUCUAACUACAAAAGCCUUUGUCAAUCUUCUCUUUCUUUGGCUCAGUGUCUGAUUUGUUUCCCAUUAGCCUCAGUGAAUGUCGUGUGCCCUUCAAUAUGGGAGGUGUUAUAUUUGCAUUUAUCAUUAAAUUUAUUGUCAUCAAUUUGCUGUCAUAAUUUCCAAGUUGAGGGACGAAUUUGGCAAAAAGGAUAACAGCGUCUUCAGUGAACCAUUUGAAUCAGUUGUAUUUUUGGAAAAAUCUGACAGGUAACUUUUUUCCCCUCAUUAAUGUUUGAUCACAUUCACCAAAUUUAUUGAGGUCAAUUUUCCAAGUUAACAGUGAGGUGAGAAGGGCGAAAUGUAAAUUUGAUAUUUUGGCUCUUAGUCCUAGUAAUAGAACCACUGCCUUACAAAACUUUCCUGCAUGUGAUUCUAUAUUCAUUGAUGGGAUGGGGGCAUUGCUGGCAGAGCCAUCAUUUAUUGCCUAUCCAUGACUGCCCUCAAGAAGGUUUUAGUGAUCUGCCUUUUUUAAACUGUGACCCUCUUUUGAAGCCCUCACAAUGCUGUUAUGGAUGGGUUUGACAUAGUGUCAGUGAAGAAACGACGACAUCUAUUCCAAAUCAGGAUGGUAUGUGGCUUGGAGGGCAACUUGCAGGUUUCCCCAUACAUCUGCAUCCCUUGUCCCAUCGUGGUGACAAGUUUGUAAGCAGCCUUGGUAAGCUACUGCAGUGCUUCCAACGAAUGGCACACCUUGCUGCCACCCUGUUGGUGGUGGUGGAUGGGGCGCUAUUCAUACUGGCUACAUUGGAGAGGUAAUGGCCUCGUGGUAUUAUCACUAGGCUCUUAAUCUGGAAAACCAGAUAAUGUUGUGGGGCCCUGGGUUGAAAUCCCACUGUCAGAUAGUAUAAUUUGAAUUUGAUUUAAAAAAAAAAAAAACCGAAUUAAGAAUAUGAUGACUCUGAAACCAUUGUCAAUUGUUGGAAAAACUCAUCUGGCUCACUAACAUACCUUAGGAUAGUGUUAAACUUUUUAAGUGUUGCUGCAGCUAACCGGGCUAGUGGAGAGCAUUCAUUGCACUUGCUUCAUGCAGAUGGUGGCACUGAGGAGUCAGGAUGUGAAUUCCCCAUUGAAGCAUUCCCAGUCGCUUACCUGCUUUUGUAGCUGCAGUGCCUGGUCCAGUUCAGUUUCAACUGAACUUACCAUUCCUAACAGGUGCCAUCCUCAGCACAAAGUAUGGGAUUCAUGUUGUUUUGUUAUGGAACAAUAUAUUCUGUGAUUAAGAUGUAGAUGUAUUUUAAAGCAUCAUAUUGCUUUAAUACCUCCAUAUCAGAGGCCAGUCAGAGUUUAUUUAAUGUAGGGUGAAAAGGUUUACAGAUUGCAAGGAGUUUAUCAAUUCUUGCUCAGAGACCAUAAACAGCAUAUUUUCAAUGUAACUUUGCCAUUUUGAAAAGUAAUUAACACCCUCUAUGAAAAUCAGCAAACCCAGUUAUCACCUUUACAAUUUUUGGCCUUCGCUGUUUUCAAUUUCAGAUUAUCUCAUAUAUGGCUGUCAAUAUACGACGAUGUCGGAAGGACCAGCUGAAGUGUAUGUGCUGCCAGAGAUAGUACUUUACAUGGCCGGCACUGAUACUUUCAGCACACAGAGUUCUAACAGGCGGAAGAAAGAGAGAAGGGAUGGGUUGUCGAAGAGAAGCAAAGCGGCAGAAAUGGCAGCAAAAUUGGAAAAUCUUUUGCCUUCGGAGUGCAAAACUUUGGGGGUCAGUUCCCCUGGAAUUGUCUACACGCCUAUGGGAUGUGGCACACAGAGACCUCUUGAGGUAGAAGAUGGAAUUGCAGGGUUUGCCCUGCUCCUGCCCAAAAUCGACGGAGUGACAGUCAAAUUCUUUCACCUGUCGAACAAAGAUUUGAACAAUAACGUGUUCCAUCAGGAAAAACUGCAAGAAGCAGGUCUUCAGGAUAACCCUGACUUGCGUGUCGUCUUCCUAUUUGGAUACAACACCUUUAAACCUGCAGCUGCCGACUUCAUUCAGCGUCUCACAAAACCAUUCAAUGUGAGCAACACUGUUGUUAUUGGGGGCCACGUUGACCAAGUGGUUUCGCCUAGUUCUGAAAGUAUUGACAUACGGCACAUGUAUGGUUUUGUUGGCUUAUCAUUAAGUGGAAAAUCAAUCCAGGCGGCAUCUAUUCUCCUGGACGAGGAUGUAGAGACGCCCAAGAGUGCUGAAGCGGCAAUGCAGCGUCUCAAAGCGGCCAACAUACCCGAGGUUAACACAGUGGGAUUCAUGUUUGCGUGCAUCGGGCGAGGUCAGAACUAUUACUCCAGCAAGGAAAACGUGGAAGCAGACGCCUUCAGGAAGCAGUUUCCCAGCGUUCCAUUAUUCGGUUUCUUUGGAAAUGGAGAAAUUGGCUGUGAUCGCAUUGUGACUGAAAACUUCUCGCUGAGGGAGUGUAGCAACUCUUCAGAUUGUGAUGAGUUGCUUCAUGGAUACACUACGGUGAUUGCGCUUGUCCAUCUGGGACCUGUAAAAUAAAAACCAAAAAAUCUCUUCAAGAGGCUCGAACAUUGGGCCCAUGGUAUGCAAAGAUGCACAUCUGUUGUGAGAUUGUCUCCGUCAUUUUGAAGAUAUUUGCACAAAAUUGUUCUAAUGGACCAAGCAAAUUUGUAGAGUGGGUUCAAAUAAUUCGGACUCUAAUGGCACAGUAUAGGGUCAAGUCACACCUGCUGUAGAGGUGUGUCACCAUUUCUGAAUGGGAGGGGUCUGAUUCAAAAUAAACAGGCUCAUGUUUGAGCUAAGUGAUCUACUGAAACAAUUCUCUUGUGUCUCAAUAGAACAGGAGGUAAAACUAAGCUUUCGGAUGUCGUCAGUUUAAUUGAUUCAUAGUUUUUGACAUGGUUCUGAUUUUGCUCUUUAUUACACUGGAAUGCAGAACUAAUCAUGAAUAAACAAGCAAUAUUUCUGGUGA